CAUGUUGUAAUCUUUUGAUACCUAUGGAAAUUUCAAAGCAGAAAAUACUUUUAAUAUGGAUAAAAACAACCGGACCUCAGGCAGAUUGAGUCGAACAUGAACUGCACAACACAGGCUGUGGCAUUGUGGGGGAAUAAGGCUCCCUCUCACAGUAUCACAACUAUGAUGAUAACCGAUGACCAGAUAACCAUUGUGACUGGGAGUUUGGAAGGCCAGAUAUGUCUUUGGAAUCUGUCUGUGGACAUGAAGAUUACAUCCAAGGCAAUGCUUUUUGGGCACACUGCUCCUAUAACGUGCUUAGCAAAGGCAAGGGAGUUUGAAAAACAGCCAUAUAUUGUCAGUAGUUCAGAAAAUGGGGAGAUGUGUAUUUGGAAUGUUGCCAAUGGCCACUGCAUUGAGAAUGCAAAACUUCCUUACAGGCACACAGCAAUCUGUUACUAUCAUUGCUCUUUCCGAAUGUCAGGGGAAGGCUGGCUUCUCUGCUGUGGUCAUUAUACAGAUGUCCUCAUUGUUGAUGCAAAGUCCUUACAAGUUCUUCAUAUUUUGAAAUCUCAAUCAUCGGAGUGGAUUAGCUGCAUGUGCAUUGUUCACUCUACCAGGAUUCAAGAAGAUUCGCUGGUUGCAAUGUCUUCUGUCGGUGACCUGAAAGUAUGGGACUUGUCAUCAUCAGUAAACAGCAUACAGGAAAAACAAAAUGUCUUGGAAACAGAAUCCCAAUUUCUGGACCUUACAAACUGCUGUGCUGUGCGGUUCUGCACAUUUACUGAACGCUUGCUGCUGGUGAUUUCUCCAAUUGCUUGGAAGGUCUAUGACUACUGUGAUUUCUCCUUGCUAUGCUCUGACAUUUGCAAGAGUGGCCAGUCCUUUGCCGGAGGAGAGUUCCUAGCUGCUAACAGACUUAUCAUUUGGACAGAAGAUGGUCACAGUUACAUCCACCAGCUGCUGAACAGUGGGCUUUCGAAAAGUAUAUGUCCGACUGAGGGGGGAUUACUGAAAGAAAUAAUCACAGCCCAGUUACUCUGCUCCACCACAGUGAAGGAAGAGAGUUUUUCAUGCUACCAGGGCUUCAUGAAUGAAAGGAAGGAGCCAUUUUAUAAAAUACUUUAUUCCGGAGAUUUGUCUGGAAGAAUCAGCUUCUGGCUUAUUCCUGAUGUUCCAGUAACAAACGAUGAUGGUUCCCCAGCAGAGAUAGAUUUAAAGACAACAACUACCCUUCAGGAAAUGUUUGACGGGCAUAAAUCUAUGUCUGAAGGAAUUAUAGAUCACAUUUCUAUACCAAAUGAUGGCACAGCUUACUCUGCUGUCACUGCAUCGCUUUAUAUCCCUAACCUUGAUAAACUGGUGUGUGGCUGUGAAGAUGGUAACAUUGUCAUCUCUAUUGGUUUGCAUGCGGCCAGAACAAGACUACUCAAAGACCACCCAUUGCUGAAAGGUUUAAUGCCACACAAAAUAUUUGAGGGCCAUAAUUGCAGAGUGACGAGUUUGCUUUAUCCACAUGGGCGAUCCGAGAAGCUCGAUCCAUGCUGGCUUAUUUCUGGUGAUAAGAAUUCAGUUGUGAUAUGGAGAGAUGUGUUUACGGGAGACAUAUUCCACAAGUUUACGCUCCAGUCCGGUUCAAUACUGAAACUACUAGUUCCGCCCGAUGAUUACAAAGUCAAAUUGUUCCAAAGCAUAUACUGUAUAUGCAGUGAUAAUUCAGUGGCACUUCUAAAUCUGCAAGAACGCGUGUGUUUUUUUCAUGCCAGAAAACACUUGUUUCCUGUAAAGACUAUGAAGUGGCACCUUGUUGAGGAAGUCUUGGUUGUUGGAUGUGAAGAUGGUUCAGCCUAUGUUUGGGAGAUUGAAACUGGGACAUUGGAACGCCAUGAAACAGGGGAAAUGGCAAAAGCUAUUCUAAAUUCUUGUGAAGAUUUAAACAUUGAAAUGACAGACUCCAUAAUAACAGUUUCUCGAGAAACACAAAGAAUCGCAAGAUCAACUUUCAAGACCUCAAGCUCUUACAAAAUUGGCACUUUGUCACAUAAUCUUAUGCACGUUGAGAAACCUACAAACAAAAAUAAAGAUUCCAGUAACACCACUGGGCCUUUUACAGUGGUGCCAGUAAAAUCGGCACAUAAUGUGUAUCUACAUUUGCUGUUAUUUGAUCUGGAGAAAGUUCUAGACCUUUUGCAGUCAUCGCAUACCAACGGACUGAAGUCAGCCAACUCUUUCAACAGUUAUGACGCCCUGAAAACAAUCAAACCAUCAUCUGAAAGGCGUCCUUUGACGCUCAAAAGAAACAAGACAGCAGGGUCUUUGAAUCAGUUGGACGGUAAUGUCUCCGAAUCUAUAUUUAAAGAAAAUGGUACUCGUCCUGUAGAAGAAAGCAGUGGUUUUCGAAGGCCCAAGAAAUUUAAAAGUACGAAAAAGAACAAGAAUCAGUCGUCAGGAAAAAUAGAUGUCAACAUGGUUACUGAUGCAGCAAAACUGCUUCUGUCUUGUCUUUUACCUUGGGGCUUUGACAAAGAACUGGAUUAUUAUUGCAUGAGACACUUAGAAAUCCAAAAACUUCAGAGUUCAGUCACCUUUGGAAUGAUAUCAGAUGUGCAGCAUGUAAGCAUGAUGUUACCGGGCUGGAACCAGAAAAGUAAUGAUACCAAUGGAGAGCAUUCGAAUAACAUACUGUCAAAGAAAGUAUUGGACCUUUCAGCCAAGUACUCUAUUGCUAAAGAAAAACAAAGCAAAGGUGACGCACAGAGAAACCACAGAUCAAGUGCAAUUAACAAGGAUACUCUUUUGUACUUUCUAAAAAAGUUACUUCUCGUCAAUAGAGUAUUAAAAAUGGAUGCGGUUUCCAAAUGUAACAGCCGACCUGGCAGUCAAGAGAAGAUGGAGACUCUCCGUGGCAAAUGGAAAAGUUCAGAACAUUUUUAUUCCUUAAAUUAUAACUUUUCUUCUGAAUUGGUACAAGAUAGAAAUGGAGUCAGCUUUACCGAUGCUGAAAAUACAUCUGUCAUGAAAAUUGUUUCUUGCUGGAGAGACCAAUCAGUGCGGGUUGAAGAAGCAAUGCAAGCAGUUCUUUUGGCUGAAGUUAAGUCACAGGUGGAAGCAUUGAGGCCAACCAUAAUUAUCACACAGCCUGUUUCUGUGAUGGAUAACGGCUGUGCAAAACCUCCACCAAACACUGAAUUAUCUGAUGACCUAGAGAUGCAUCAAAUUAAAGAAAGCACUCAGGAAAAAUCAGAGAGUUUGGUGAAAAAUGAAAGUGGCUCUAAAUCUGUGAACUUUCAAGAAGCAGAGGUCAUUCAAGAGAAAAGUGCAGUAGAGGACUCUGAAAGCCCAGAUGACAUGAAGCAGAGUCCGUGGAUGUCCAAAGUGUGUUACUGCAAAGUGUGUUAAAUUGACAAACAAUUUCAGCAAGUAAACACAGAAGGUUGUAGAAUAGUUUCUGAGAUGUAAAUAUCAAGACAUAAUCCGUAGCAUUCACAAAAUCCCCAAUCCAUUAAUCAGCUUAAAUAAUUGCACCACUACUAGACACAUGUCAAGUUAUGCAUUAGCUAUUACAGAUAGAAUGUGUAUUUUUUCUAAAUAUAUAAUAAACUGGAUUUUUAUUUUUGUUUUUCCUUCACAAAAAUUAGGUAUGCUUGUUAACUCCUGAUAAAUAUCCAUUUCAAACUCACGAAUCCCUGUAUUUAUCAAUAUCUGUCAAAUAUGUUCUAUUUUCAAAUCCUAAGUUUUAGCUAAUUAAUUAGAACACACUAGAUAAA